ACAGAGCUGGCUUUCCAAAGAUACUCUGAAAACCCGAUCUCUGAACCCUAUCUCAGCACAGGAAAAAGGUUUUUUCAAAAACAAACCGUACUUUUGUAGCCCACGAUGAGCUGGUUCGAAUGGUAUACAGAAAUAUCUCUACUAGAAAGCGAAAUAUCUCUACUAGAAGACGCGUAGUCCCAACGGAAUCUGUAAAGAAACGUUUUCUGAGUCUUUUGAGACGUCUCCGAAGUCUGAGAGACUUUUAGCUUAGGCGGGAGACGUUGUAGGAACUUGUUCAGCCGAAAACAGAAAAACGAGUCUAAACCCACCAACCCAUGAUUAGAUCCGUACUGUUGUAGAACGUCUCCCGCCUAAGCUAAACGUCUCUCAGACUUCGAAGGGCGUCGCAUAAGAUUCAGAAAACAUUUCUCAACAAGAUUCCGUUGGAGAAGGAACUACACCUCUUCUGAUCGCUUUCUAGUAGAAAUAUUUUUGAAUGAGUCACCAUUAUUUACGGGUAUCCGCGCAGGACUCUAGUUUCGAGAAGUCAUCUGCAAAAAUGAUCUGUUAAAAACGUGGGCUUAACUUUUUAAAAAGUACAGGGUGCCACUAAAUAAACGGAACACUUUUGUUCUUUAUUUUUAAGGCGCUUCUGAAUGAUCUAAAAAUCUGCGACACAGAACCGCGACACAAUGAAAACAGAAAAGUAUUUGCCUUGAUCCCAGAACAGAUUCCAUAAGAAUUUUUGAAAACAUCAGAAGAUUCACCGGAAAAUUCUGCAUCUUCUCACACAUUCUUUGAAAUUCUGCAGUUAAGUCUUCUACGAAAAUUUCUCUUUGCAAAAAGGUGAUAAAUCUAAAAGGAUCUAACUUUUGAAUCUAUUUUUCACAGUUUUUUAUUUUUUGCUUAUAAAAGUAGUAAAACGUUAUGAAUCCAGGGUUGUAGCCUUGUUAUCUUACACAGAAUUAAUUUCUGCAUCUUUUGAUAUACAAACAAAGUUUCUCAAUUGAAACCAUUAAUUACAAAAUUAAUUUAAUUUGAAAAAGUUUGAAAAGUCGGUUGAGAACUAGUUAGGAGUCCAGGUGACGUAGCAAAAACAUUGUAUGAAGUUAUAAAUGAGUGAGAUCGAUAGAGCACAAAAUUCUCUAUCUUUCUACCUAGAAAAAGUAACUAUUGAACCUCAGAUACUGGGUUAAAAAUCUCAAAAAAGCAUAUGACAAAAGCACAUCGCAGUUCGAGAAUUUAGCACUAUUCAAUAUUUUGAGUGGUGCUCAAACGAGAAAAAUACUAUCAGAGAUUCAAAAAGCAGGUUCUGUAGAGAAUGCAAUUCUCUAUCGAAUGAGACCAGAACCAGAUUUUUAGAUCAUUCGGAAGUCCCUUAAAAAUAAAGAACAAAAGUGUUCCGUUUAUUUAGUGGCACCCUGUACACAUGGCAGAAGUAUAUAACUAAAUCCCUAAACAUAUUUUUAGAAUGUGAUAGUUGCCGAACUAAUAGGUUGUAAAAUAUACGAUCAAGCAAUAGAACGGGUAUCUCGAAGUGAUUUGAGACAAUGGUAUACUAAGCAGAAAGAAACAUUCGAUCAUCGUGCAACGAGUAUUAUUGAUAAAUGUUAUGAUGUAGAUGAAACUUUUGCUCUUCAAAUAUUGGAAACAAAAGCCACUGCAUUUUUUAAUUAUAGUCCAAUAGAAUUGGCUACAGGUAAUAAUUGUCGUUGUCGCGAAUUCAUAUCAUCCAAAACGUUUGAAAGAUAUACUGAUAAAAUAUGGUAUGGAGCAAUGGCUGAGCGACGACAUAGAAGAAGAACUCUGAAUCUUUUGUUUUUAUUAUUGACAAUAAAUCCAUUUCUUAUCUUUAAUUCAUACAUUGAUGAUAUAUUAACACCUGAAAAACAGAACUAUGUUGUACUAGUUGAUUAUUUUCCAUUAAAUAAUAAUCAUGGUAAACGAGAUGGUUUUUCGAAUAUUAAAAUUCCAGUUACAGAAAUAAUCCUUCAUAUUUUCAUAUGGUCUUUAAUUAUUGAAGAAGUAACAGAGAAUAUUUAUGUGUAUCGAUUUGUUCGCGUGGUACCUUCGUCUAUUACACGUAUUCCUAGUCUACAACAAUCUUGGUCUGAGAUUAAUAAUGAUAUUUUCCACUUAUCAUCAUACGCAUUAAUAACAACUGAUAGUCAAGUGAUAUGGUCAAGCACCUCAGAUAAAGUUUAUACAUUGACCCGCAAUGGCGCAGGAUUAUGGAGUUGGCAAGUAUUAUGGGAUGUUGUUGACUGGGGCAUAUGGAAAAUCUUUGGCCAGGUAGACCGCUAUAAUGUUCCACAAUCGGAUGGCAAUUCUGUUUCAAUUAAUAAUAAUGCAUAUGGUGUAAUUGCAUAUAUCCUAACAAUUAUUUUUACUUGUGUAGCAGCUGUACUCUUGAUUAAUAUAUUGGUUGCUCUAUUCAAUAAAAAGAUUGAUAAGAUAGACCCUCGAAAAGCCUGGUGUUAUCAUCGUUACUUAUUAUUGAAAGAAUAUUCACGAAUGUCACCACUACCACCACCGUUCAGUCUUAUUUAUUAUACAUUGGAUUUAAUUUGGAAAAUUAUAAAACUAUUCAGAAAUAGAUCAAUUGGUACUGAAUAUGGUACAUUAGAUGAUACUAGUGAUUUAAAUUCAAAUAUUUAUAAUCUAGUUGUCUUUGACGCUACUGAUCAAAUACGUCGUGAUGGAAUUAUUCAUUCGAUAUCAAUCAAUUUUCGCACUCCACCAUGUAGUUCAAAUCCACAUAUAAUUCUUUACAAAAUUUCGUCAGUUACUUUACCCAAUAAACUGGCUCAAAACAAUGAAGAGAAAGGCAUGGAAUUUAGAAUUGAAGAUCAAUAUGAUAUUAUAGUUGGAAUUGAGAGACGCACUGGUAUACAAACAUUUGAUUUUGUUAAUAUGCCGAUAGAAAAAGACAAAUACCUUGGCAUUUACUUUGCUCCUGGUAGUGGUUAUCCUUUUAGUGUGACAAGAAAUCAAUAUUUUACGAAAUUUGAUAAAGACCUUCUAUACAGUACACGACUAUUUACACAUUGUCCAACGAAAGGUAUAACAAUGAGUUUCAAGCUAACAGCAGUUAAUUAUAGUAUUGACGACUUGAUAACAGCAUUAUCCAAACCGAAAUCUCGACAAACUUUAGACGGCGAUGAAUUAGAUGAGUAUAAGAAGCGAGACAACAUGUUACGUGAACAAUAUGUUGCCCACAAUUUUCGAAAAGAAAUCAUACAAUCUAUUAAAAACCAAGAGAAAGCUGAUAGAAUGCAAGAAAAUGACGAUGCGACCAACGGAUCAUCAAAGUGA